AUAAACCCUCCGCAAACCCACCAGUAUGCCCAGUUCACAAUGAAAAACUUGUUUGUCUUGUUGUUUGUGCUACAAGUAGUAGUUGCAGUGGUGGUAAAUCCAUUGCCCAAACCCAUUAGUAUUGAAUGGGUUGACCAAAACUACAAGAGCUUCAACCCUCACUUGCUGCUUCUGAACAGCUCUCCCAACAGUUUUGUAGAAGACUAUUUUAAAACAAUGCUUGAAGUUAUUAACCGGCUACAGUGGUACCCUGAGGCUAUCGAGGGUCUUAGAAUGCUGUAUGAACCAGUGCCAACAGGCCCGCCCACAAACUCAAAGAGAGAUGAUGAUUUGGAUGAGCUUAAGGUGAAUAUUCUUGACGAUGCUCCAUUGCAAUAUGGAGUAGACGAGUCUUAUACACUUGAAGUUAGUGAUAGAAUCACCAUCACCGCUAAUACUACGUGGGGUGCCUUGAAUGGUCUCAAGACCUUACAACAGCUCGUCAUCUACAAAGAUGGACGCUUGAUUAUUGAAGGGUCAGUCAAGAUCUCUGAUUAUCCCCUUUAUUCCCACAGAGGGGUAUUGAUAGACUCAGCAAGAAACUACUUAUCACUCGAGUCGAUCAAGGAGAACAUCGACAUCAUGGCCAUGGCAAAACUCAACACUUUACAUUGGCAUUUGCUGGAUACUGUGUCAUGGCCUCUUGAAGUAAAAGCGUAUCCCCAGAUGAUUAAUGAUGCUUAUUCGCCAGAAGAAUCCUAUUCUCAACAAGACGUUUCCAACCUUGUCAAGUAUGCGUACGCCAGAGGUGUCAGAAUAGUUCCUGAAAUCGAAUUGGCCAGCCACGCCAAUGCCGGUUGGAGACUAGUGGACCCUAAGAUCAUUUCUUGCGGAAAAGGCUUUUGGAACGUGGGAGACAUUGCUACUGAACCGGCACCGGGCCAGCUUGAUAUUGCUGGUAACAAGACGUACGAGGUGGCGAAGACGAUUUUUAGAGAGGUUAACCAGUUGUUUCCUGACUACACAUUUCACGUUGGUUAUGACGAAUUGCACAAACCUUGCUCCGACUUCUCCAAUGACGUAUGGGAAUGGUACGAGCAGAAUGGGUUUGGCCCUGCUGGUAGUGACGAAGGUUAUGCUAGUCUUGUGCAAUAUUGGACCGACCGUCUGUUCAAGUUUUUAUCCGAAGACAAUACAACACAAGUGAUGAUGUGGGAAGACCUUAUUACCAACUAUGCUGCCAAACCUCCUAAACAGAAUUCUUUGAUCCAAGUGUGGUUAUCGGUAGAAAGUAUCAAGAACAUAACUUCGAAGGGCUACGAUGUGAUCUUAUCUCCCUACGAUCAAUACUACUUGGACUGUGGAUUUGGAGAAUGGGUCACCAACAACCCGAAAACAGCUGGAUCGUGGUGUGAUCCUUAUAAGACCUGGGAAAGCCUCUACAGGUUUGAUCCCAUGAUGAAUUUGACUGAGCUGGAAGUGAGACAUAUAAAGGGCGCCGAAGUGGCCUUAUGGGGCGAGGUAGUUGAUUCCAGUAACUUGGUACAGAAGAUCUGGUCCCGGUCCGCUGCUUUUGCCGAAGUGUAUUGGAGUGGAAAUAAGGACGAAAACGGUGAUAUUAGAGUUUACGACUUUACUCAGAGAAUGUUCAACUUCAGACAAUACUUGUUAGCGUUGGGCUAUAGGGUAGAUCCUUUGGCACCACAGUACUGCUGGAGAAACCCCCAUGCGUGUGAUAUUUCUAUAUAGCCGUACUCCCGAUUAUAUGUUUUUGACCCAA